CACGACAAUCGUAUUAUUCAUCGGGAUAUCAAAGCAGACAAUGUGCUAGUGAAUAUGUAUAACGGAGACAUAAAAAUUACGGAUUUCGGCACUUCCAAGCGUCUGAUUGGUUUGGAUCCGCGAGCACGUACUGUGGCUGGUACCAUGCGUUAUAUGGCCCCGGAAUUAGUGGUCGGUCGUCGCGGUUAUGGUUAUCCGGUGGAUAUUUGGAGUUUCGGUUGUACAGUGGUGGAAAUGUUAACUGCGGCAGUGCCGUUUGUUGAACUUGAUAACGCACUCGCAGCAUUCUACACAGUUGGCCGGGACAAAACACACCCGACCAUCCCCCCCACAGUGUCUCCAACCUGUCACAAUUUCCUCAUGCGCACGUUUGCUGCCAAUCCGGAUGAACGUGCGACGGCCGGGCAACUGCUCUUAGAUGAAUUCAUUGAGAUGCAUCGGAAAACCAAACGAAGACCGAAGGGUAAAACAGCUCGGACUCCAGGCUUUCACAUCUGUCUCAAUCCUCAACUUCGUAUCGAAUCGGAUACUUCUACUGGCACCAUCAACCAUUGUCGUUCAGGUGUCCAAGCUGCUCAACACACCUAUCCGGGAUCCAUUUCCUGA